AUGUCGUCAAGUUUAGAGAAUUCGGAUUCGUACGGUAUAGUUAUUGAUGCAGGUUCAUCUGGAUCGAGAAUUCACAUUUACAAAUGGUCAUUAUCUGUGCCAAAUGAAGACAAUACAGCAAAUGAGGGUGGAAUAAAAUUGUCACACUCUGUACCACAGAUUUAUCAAGAUGAUGAAUGGACAUCUAAGACUACUCCUGGUUUAUCAACUUACGAAAUGAAGCCAGAUAAGGCCUUUUCGAAACAUGUCAAGCCAUUAUUAAAGUUUGCAGAAAAAUAUAUACCAAAAGAUAAACUUAAGGAGACACCAGUGUUUUUGCAAGCCACCGCUGGUAUGAGAUUACUUCCAGUGGAUAGGCAAAAAAAGAUUUUACAAAACAUUUGCAAAGGUAUUAAACAAUCUACCGGAUUCUUAAUGGAAGACUGUAAUUCACAAAUUCAAGUUAUAGAUGGUGAAACAGAAGGGCUAUAUGGAUGGCUAAGUUUAAAUUACUUAUCGGGAUAUUUUAAUAAUUUCGAUGCUUCUUCACCAAGCCACUUUACAUUGGGCUUUAUGGAUAUGGGUGGGGCUUCUACACAAAUCGCAUUUUCACCCAGUGAUAAAGAACAAGUUAAGAAGCAUUCAGAUGAUAUAUCUAACGUAUAUCUAAGGAGUAUCAAUGGUGAUAUACAGCAGUGGGAUGUUUUUGUAAGUACUUGGUUAGGUUUUGGGGCAAAUCAGGCAAGAAAGAGAUAUUUCUCACAACUAAUUAAUUCAUUACCUGAAAAUACAAAUGAUUACGAUGACGAUGACUUCGUUACAAGGAAAAUCUCAGAUCCAUGCAUGCCAAAAGGCUCAGAAACAAAAUUUGAAUUCAAAGGAAAAAAGUUUACUCUCACUGGGUCUGGUGACAAUGAACAAUGUUCUAAAUUAAUAUACCCGCUUUUAUUGAAGAAUCUUCCCUGCAAUGAUGACCCUUGUUUAUUUAAUGGUGUACAUGCUCCACAGAUUGAUUAUUAUAAUGACAAAUUUGUCGGUGUAUCCGAAUAUUGGUAUACCGCCAAUGAUGUAUUCAAACUAGGCGGCGAAUAUGACUUUUAUCAAUUUAGUACAAAGGUAAAGGAAUUUUGUAAUACAGAUUGGGAUAUAAUAAAAAAGAACAGUAAAGAUGGUAUGUACAAUUCAAUACCAGAUUCCUUUCUAAUGGACUCAUGUUUCAAAGCAAACUGGGUUCUAAAUGUUCUGUAUGAGGGUUUUGGGUUGCCUCGCAUAGACGUUGACGAAUUAAAGGAUACAUCAGCUAAUGCCAAUUAUCCUCUAUUUCAGAGUGCUGAUAAAAUAAACAAUAGAGAAGUAUCAUGGACUUUAGGUAAAAUCCUACUAUACGCUUCUGGAACAAUUCUUGCAGGUGAUCAGAGUAUAAAUGUCGGAGUUGAACCAAGCUCAAAUAGUGCCAUUAAUUUUGGGAGCAAAUUUAUCAUGGGAGGUUUAAAGAGGAUAGAUAACAGAAGUAGCCAUUCUUUAGGUGUUUUGAGAUUUUUUUUUAUAAUCAUGACGAUAUUCAUAGUUUGGUAUUUGGUUCUAUCCAAAUCCCAGACCUUCAAAGAUAUAUCAAUUAAAAUGGAAUUUCUAGGUCUUAUUGAAAAAAUCAAGUUUAAAUUGUCUAGACAUCAAUAUUAUAACGAAUUGAGCAAUAAACUUUCAAAAUUAGAAGAAGGUAUCAAUGUAGAAGAAGACAUUUCUUACAAUCUAGAUUCUAAUAAUGAUGUAAAGCUAAGGAGUAAAAGUAUGUUCAACCUAAAUACCGACAAUCACAGUAGAUCUGGAUCCAACAGACCACAUGGUAAAAGUCCUUUGGCCUCAAAAGGAAAUAAUAUUUCAAAUUCUCCAUUAUCUUUGACAUCGUCUGAUCCAACCAAAUUAAGACCAACAUUUUCAUUAGCUGACUUUUCAAAGUACAAAGAUGGGAAGUCAACUGAUUAG